AUGGCUACUCGUAUCCGCGACCUGGCAGACGCUGCCACCAAAACGGCAGCACAACUAGCCAAGCGCAUUGCCAUCACGCCCAAACCCGACAGUCCGCCAGGUUUAAUCGAGGCCUUAACAGUUGACCCUUGGUCCAAGUCUGGGAAAUAUGGCAUGGGCUGGACUUACUUCGCGCUGGCCCUCAUGGGAACAGUUCUGUUUAUGCGAUCUUGGCACUUUUGGCAAGACAAAAUUCGCCAAGCCAUAUACAAGCAAGAAGUGGAGGAAUACUAUGCCAACCUCUACAACACGGAUCCCGACUACGCACACGCCGUACAUACGGGACAAGCACAGCACUUCUUCCCCGACUCCGAAGGGCUUGGCGAGAAGCAAUUCAAACCAAGGGCUCACUUCUCCUCAGUUGGCUUCGUUAACGAUACCUUGGCCCUCUUCCGUUGGGUCUUUUACCGGCCGAUUCCCGACUUUGUAUGGGGUAGCCACCGUUUCACAUUCUCCUCCCUCGCCGUAGUUACCUGCGGUCUCAUCGCCUUGGCUUUUGUGACGCUCUACUGCUUUCUCCAGCAACCACUAUACUGGCAGAGCAUUCAAUUCGGUUCGCCACCCAUUGCUAUUCGAGCCGGAAUGAUUGCUGUCGCAUUGACACCUUGGAUCAUUGUGACCAGCAUGAAGGCAAAUGUCUUGUCCAUCCUGAUUGGCAUCGGGCCGGAGCGCCUCAAUGUCUUCCACAGAUGGGCAGGCUACCUCUGCCUGUUUCUGUCGCUUGUACAUACCAUUCCAUUCUACGUUCAGCCAGUAUGGGACGACGGUGGCAUGGAUGUCUUUUCUCGCCUAUUCCCCGGCGGCAGCGGCGUCAUCUACGGUACUGGUAUAGCCUGUCUUGUGCCACUGGUCUGGCUUUGCGUCGCAUCUCUGCCCUUCAUUCGCCGAGUCGCAUACGAGCUCUUCGUCAUGCUACAUGUACCUGUUGGCAUGGUGUAUGUUGGGCUCCUAUUCUGGCACACCAAGAAUUACCUUGCUUCUUGGGACUACCUGUGGGCAACAGUCGGCAUCUGGGUUCUCUGCUAUGCCAUUCGCCUGAUAAACCUCAACUGGACAAGACCAUGGCGACUGAGCUUCAUGGUCGGAGACGAAGCGGCCAUUAGCCUCCUCGCUGAGAACGCCAUCAAGAUUACGAUCCCGACUCAGAUGAGGUGGAAGCCUGGCCAAUAUGUUUACCUUCGCAUGCCAGGAGUCGCUUUUUUCGACAAUCACCCUUUUACUAUCUCGUCGCUCUGUAGCGAGGAUUUUCCUUCCGAGUACGGCGAGCAGUACCGUGAUUGCGUGCUGGUUUUCAAGCCGUAUGGUGGCUUCACGCGGAAGGUCCUCGACAUGGCCAUCGAGAGGGGGCCAUUCCACACAUACCGCGCCUUCUUGGAUGGGCCAUAUGGAGGCAUGCGAAGGGACCUAGCAGCCUUCGACACCUGUAUCCUCAUUGCCGGUGGGAGUGGCAUCACGGCAUUGAUGUCGCAAUUACUCAACUUGAUCAAGCGCAUGCGUGAUGGGAAAGCCAUCACGCGCAAAGUGGUCGUGGUAUGGGCCCUCAAAAGACUCGAAGCCAUGGACUGGUUCCGUGAAGAGCUCAGAAUCUGCCGCGAGUCUGCGCCCCCAGAGAGUGUUACUUGCAAGUUUUUCGUCACUUCAGCAGUGCGCAACCGUGCCAUGAUGAUGGCUGGCCACGACCGUCCUGCACCGAGGGCCUUGAGUCACAUGUUCCAUGACAAGCUCGAUGGCUUUGUGGCAGGAAUUGCUUCCAAGCGCAAUUCCGCUCUUAUCCAGUCUGUAGCACAAGGCGAUCCUGACCGAGAGCAGGAAUUGCGCGCCGAGCAAGAGGAUAGAAUUACCGCCUUACCGCAGCAGAAAUAUUUACAACCACAUCAAUACCCACCUCCACCCCCAGGACCACCACCCUCCAAUCGCUUCUCUGCCCAGGAAGAGUCAUUGCGUAAGCUCGAGGGCCGCGAAUACGACGAGGAGGAAGAAAGAGAUUCCAAAAAGCGCGAGUUCCACUUCCCUCCCAUCAACACCAAAGGCGAAGUGCCGCACUUCAACUACGCACCUGCCUCCCCAAGGAAGAUCCCCGAGACAAGCCCGCGAAACUCGGAUGUGCCAAUACGGCCUCCAGAGCUGGCUCACUUGAGGACGACCAACCUCCCGAGCGCAGGUCAAACCCGUCCCACCAGCACAUUUGGCCCGCCUUCAGGCUUUGACUUCGGCUUCCCGGAGACGCCUACAGAGUUCCAAAAGAGCCUGAUGCGCUUUGCUUUCCCAGUGCCCCAUCAGAUCGAUGGCGGGUGGAGCGUCGAAUAUGGCCGGCCGGACUUGGGAUACAUGCUGAAAGAAUGGGCGACGGGCGGUGCCGACGGCAGAGGCAUCCUCGGCAGGCGAACGGCGGUAUUCGUGUGUGGGCCGCCGGCCAUGCGUGUUGGUGUGGCGAACACUGUUGCCCGGCUUCAGGCAGCGAUAUGGGGCGAUGAUAUGCUCGAGGAGAUUUACUUGCACACUGAGAAUUACGCCCUCUGA